AUUUACUUAUGCUUUGCUUAAUAUUACAGUUAGUGUUCAUUACUAUAGCCUAUAGUCUAUAGGGUUGUCAUUGAAUUAUUUGAGUAUUGAGUUUAGUAUUGAAUUCAUGUUUUUUCCCAUUUUUUACGAAACGUUUAAUUGAAUUGAAAUCACAUUUCAUUUAAUUGUUUGAUAUUUUGAUUCAAAAUCUAUUGAUUGAUAAUCACCUGAACUGAUCCAAAACAGUCUACGAUUAUGUCUUACGAAACAUACAAUCAUACGAAUGGAUACACAAAUGGUUAUACAUCUCAGACGACGUUAACUGAGACCAACAAUUCAGACCAUACGCCGUACGGCUUAGUGAACGGUUUGAACGGCACUAAUGGUCUGAAUCUAUACGUCGAUCCCAAGAUUGACGCCAAAGAGUUCUGGAGGAAGUAUGACAUCACAGUCCACGGUAGAGAAGCACCACUUCCUAUAAUGUCAAUGGAGUCAUACAAAUGGCCACAACGUAUAGCCGAAGCAUUGGCUGCCGAUAGCUUUACUUCUCCGACACCAAUCCAGUGCCAGUCGUGGCCGAUAGCACUGACGGGUCGAGAUUUAGUCGGUGUGGCGCAGACCGGAUCCGGUAAGACGUUGUGUUAUGUGAUGCCAGCGUUUAUUAAGAUAAUGAGAGAGCGGCCGCAAAAGUUACCGAAAUGUCUGAUAUUGGCGCCGACACGUGAAUUGGCUCAACAAAUACAAGAAGUGGUUCGUCGAUAUAGGUUUGCUAACAAUGUCUGUCUUUAUGGCGGUGCCUCUCGAGGACCACAAUUGAGACAAUUGCGAGAAAUGAAUCCUCAAAUCAUAAUUGCAACGCCCGGUCGUCUGAAUGAUUUUCUUGAGAGUCGUGCGCUUGAUAUCCGAGAAGUGAAUUACUUAGUCCUCGAUGAAGCCGACCGUAUGCUUGACAUGGGUUUUGAACCGCAACUCAAGAGAAUUCUAUCUUAUUUACCGCGCGAACGACAAACGCUGAUGUGGUCGGCCACGUGGCCUAAAGAGGUGCGUGAGUUGGCCACGCAGUACAUGAAUGACUACAUUCAGAUCAAUGUCGGCGGAACCGAAUUGUCUGCCAAUAAGAAUAUUAAACAACACGUGGAAGUAUGCGAAGAGUUUGACAAAAAGAGCAAACUCUUUGAAUUAUUAAAGAAUAUAAGACCCGAUUCUCGCGACAACAAGACUAUAAUUUUUGCUGAAACAAAACGUAAGGUAAAUGAGUUGGACGGCGAACUGACUCGCGGUGGUUGGCCAUCGGCCUGUAUUCACGGGGAUAAACCACAAUUCGAAAGGGAUUGGGUUCUCAAAGACUUCAAAUCUGGUCGCAAACCAAUACUGGUUGCCACAGAUGUGGCCGCACGUGGAUUGGAUGUGGAUGACAUAAAGUAUGUAAUCAAUUAUGAUUACCCAAAUUCUGGUGAGGAUUAUGUUCAUCGAAUUGGUCGAACUGGUCGUAGAGAUCGAAAGGGAACGGCUUAUACAUUCUUUACAUCAGAAAAUGCAAAACAGGCUAAAGAGUUGAUUGAAGUUUUAAGAGAAGCGCAACAAACAGUUGAGCCUAAACUCUAUGACUUAAUGCAACAGUCGAGGUAUAUGGGAAAAGAUAGGAGACGUCGUUAUGGUGGCGGAGGUGGUCGUGGAGGCGGUGGUGGUGGUGCAGGUAGAAUGCAUAGAGGAGGCGGUAUGAAUGGAGGAGCUAUUAAACGUAAAUUUGACGAUCACAACGAUGGACCAACAGCUAAGAGACAGCAAAGAGGAGAUUUCAAUAGAGAUCGACGACGAUAGGGCUCACUAUUGUUUAUAACUAUAAGAUCCGCUUAAAUCAUAACCAAUUGUUUGAUAUAUUAAUCAAUUUCUCAAUUUUUGAAUCAAACAGAUUGGUAUUGAUUUUGGCAUUAGUUUUUAAUUUUCAUUCUCAUUAUUUAAAUAAUUGAUAAAAAAGUAUUUUUUGUUGUCAUUUAAGAUUUAUUUUCUUAAUUAUUUUAAUUGAAUUAUACAAUUACUUGCUCUUUAAGAGCCUUAUCCGGCAUUUUUAGUUGAAUGUAUCU